UAUUUGCAGUCCUUACGUUAUAGCGCUCUAAUGUUUGAAUAGUCGAAUCUCUGCGAGGAUAAAUAAACGUUCUGUAAAUAAAAUAAGUAUGAAAUUUAUUGUGUCGUGUGUUUUACUUUCAUUGUUAACACGAAGCGCUUUCUCCGCUUCGUUGGCGCAGCUUCAUGUCGUUUUUAGGCACGGCGAAAGGGCCCCUACAAGCACGUUUCCAAAUGACCCUUAUAUAAAUUACAGCUGGCCUAACGGUUGGGGUCAAUUAACGAACAGAGGCAAAUUGCAAAUAUUUCAAUUAGGACAGCGCAUAAGGAACGAAUACAGCAAUUUUAUACCAAAGACCUAUUGGCACAAAGACGUGAAUGUGAGCAGCAGUUAUUCAGACAGAUGUUUGGCCAGCGCUGAAUUGUUUGGCGCUGGUCUUUUCCCUCCGGUAGGUCCGCAAAUUUGGAAUGAAGAUUUAUUAUGGCAACCACUGCCGGUUUAUUACACGCCGAGAAGUGGAGACAAGCACAUCGUUAUGAAAUCCGCUUGCCCGAAGUAUGAUAAAAUAUUCAAGGAGGAGCGUUCGUCUCCGGCAAUUUUAGAAAUAGAAAAUAAAUACAAAGAUCUGAAGGAAUAUUUGGCAAAUCAUACCGGUAUGAAAGUGAAAAAUAUCGAAGACAUCGAAUCGAUAUCGAAUACGCUGGAAAUUGAAAAAUUGCACAAUUUUUCGUUGCCAUCGUGGACUAAUGAAUCCUUAAUGCAAACAAUGAAGGAAUUAGGCGCGAGAAAUCUGGCGUUUUAUUCCGAAACAGACUACAUGAAACGGAUAAAAGGAGGAAUGUUUUUAAAAAACAUGCUGGGAUUAAUGGAUAACAAUUUAUCCAAGUUAUUUUUAUAUUCGGCCCAUGACCUGACCUUAGUUCAUAUUUUAAGAAGCCUGGAACUGAUAGAUGUUUUAAAGCCCGAUUUCGGAGCUGCUUUGAUAUUCGAACUUUAUUCAGACGGGGAGAUUAAAAUAAAUUAUAGGAAUGCUUGGGACGGUGUAUCAGAAAUAAUGUCAUCUAAAUGCUCGACACCUUGUAAUAUAGAACACUUUAAAGAAUCAUACAAAAACUUUUUACCAUUAGAUUACAAUAAAGAAUGUCAAUUAGAUAACGAUUAAAAACGAUUUUUUUUCGUAUUAUUUACAGGGUAAAUAAAAGUUGGUGUUGAUAAUAUAUUUAUUAAGUUAG